AAGUCCACUAUAAAUGGCGGCCCUGUAAGAUUCUUUACCUGUUCUUCACUGUUUCUUUCACCGUCGUCGUCUUUUUCAAUCCGAUUGAAUCCCAUCUGACCGAUCGCAUCUCUUCCCCGAGGAUUCGCCCCCCUCCGAGUCCCCCUCGAAAUGGAUAAGGCUAGUGAAUGUUGCACCACUCAACUUAUUGAUGGAGAUGGUAAUUUUAAUGUUUCUGGGCUUGAGAAUUUUAUCAACGAGGUCAGAUUGAAGGAAUGCGGCCUAUCAUAUGCAGUAGUUUCCAUCAUGGGUCCACAGAGUAGUGGGAAGAGCACACUACUAAAUCAUUUAUUUCGUACCAACUUUAGAGAGAUGGAUGCUUAUAGAGGAAGAUCUCAAACAACCAAAGGUGUUUGGUUGGCAAUAGCUGCAGGCAUUGAACCUCUUACUCUAGUAAUGGACUUGGAGGGUACUGAUGGAAGAGAACGAGGAGAGGAUGAUACUGCAUUUGAAAAGCAGAGUGCGCUUUUUGCCCUUGCCGUCUCUGAUAUAGUGCUCAUAAACAUGUGGUGCCAUGAUAUAGGCCGCGAACAAGCUGCAAAUAAGCCCCUUUUAAAAACUGUUUUCCAGGUUAUGAUGCGAUUGUUCAGUCCCCGCAAAACAACUCUGAUAUUUGUCAUUCGAGAUAAAACUAGGACACCAUUGGAAGCUCUGGAACCUGUAUUGCGGGAAGAUAUUCAGAAGGUACAGACCUUGGAGCAUUUCCCUUGUAUUGCAUACUUACGCUUAAUGAUGUUAUGUUCAUUUAACAUGCAUUUAUUUCUUCUGCUGCAGAUAUGGGACAAUGUUCCUAAGCCGCCAGCACACAAGGAGACUCCUCUAAGUGAAUUUUUUAAUGUAGAAGUUGUCGCUCUUUCUAGUUAUGAAGAGAAGGAAGAGCAAUUUAAAGAGCAGGUGGCAAGCCUACGAGAACGAUUCUUUCAUUCCAUUGCACCGGGUGGCCUUGCAGGAGAUCGACGAGGCGUAGUUCCUGCAUCAGGAUUUUCUUUCAGUGCCCAACAAAUCUGGAAAGUCAUUAAAGAGAAUAAGGACUUAGACCUUCCGGCGCACAAGGUCAUGGUAGCCACUGUGCGCUGUGAAGAAAUUGCUGAUGAAAAGUUCUCCAGUUUCACUGCAAACGAGGAGUGGCACCAAAUUGAAGAAGCUGUGCAAUCUGGACUCGUUCCUGGGUUUGGGAGGAAGCUUAGUGCAAUUCUUAACAGUUGCUUAGCAGGGUAUGAAUCAGAAGCUAUAUAUUUCGAUGAAAGGGUCAGAACUUCAAAGAGAAAGCAUCUUGAAGAAAAAUUGCUGCAACUUGUGCAACCUGCUUUUCAAUUGGUUCUGGGACAUAUAAGGUCUGGGACUGUGGAACACUUCAAGCAGGCGUUUGACAAAGCCCUAAAUGCAGGAGAAGCCUUUUCGUCAGCUGCUCGUGAUUGCACUAGAUUGUACAUGGUUCGGUUUGAUGAGAAAUGCACAGAUGCUGUUGUUGAACAAGCAAACUGGGAUACAUCUAAGGUUAGGGAAAAACUUAAGCGUGAUAUAGAGGCCCAUAUUGCUGCUGUCCGUGAAGCCAAGCUCUCUGAAGUUACCAAAACAUUCGAGAUGAAGAUAAAUGAGGCAUUGUCAGGACCCGUGGAAGCUCUUUUAGAUGAAGCAAAUGAUGAAACAUGGCCUGCGAUAAGAAAACUUCUUCAGCGUGAAACUGAAUCUGCAGUAUCUGGGUUCUCCAGUGCUGUCUCUGGCUUUGAAUUGGGUGAAGAAACUAUGGAGAAAAUGAUUUCUCAUUUACGAGAUUAUGCAAGAGGUGCGGUUGAAGCAAAAGUAAAGCACGAAGCUGGAAAAGUUCUGAGCCGCAUGAAAGACCGAUUUGAGACAUUAUUUAACCGUGAUGCUGACUCGAUGCCAAGAGUUUGGACCGGAAAGGAGGAUAUUCGGGCAAUUACCAAAACUGCUCGCUCUGCUUCACUGAAGUUGCUGUCAGUAAUGGCAGCAGUUCGACUAGACAAUGAAGUCGACAAUAUUGAGAAGUCGUUAUCUCUUGCUCUGUUGGAUUCCAAAAGUGGCUCCACUGUUACUGAUCGGAGUAUAAUAUCUCAAGGAGACCCCCUUGCUUCCAGCACUUGGGAAGAGGUUCCACCAUCGAAGACAUUGAUAACGCCAGUCCAGUGUAAAAAUCUUUGGAGGCAAUUUAAGGCUGAGACAGAGUACAGUGUCGCUCAGGCUAUGGCCGCUCAGGAAGCUGCCCGGCGUAGUAACAACUGGCUGCCGCCACCAUGGGCUAUAGUUGCGAUGGUCGUUCUCGGCUUCAAUGAAUUCAUGACGCUUUUAAGAAAUCCUCUUUACCUGGGCGUCAUUUUCGUUGGGUAUCUGAUCAUCAAAGCCGUCUGGGUGCAGCUAGAUGUAUCGGGCGAAUUUCGGCAUGGCGCUCUUCCCGGGAUUUUAUCCUUGUCGAACAAGUUCCUUCCAACUAUCAUGAACCUUCUCAAGAAACUUGCUGAGGCAGGACAGGUUCCCCAAACAAACGACCCUCCCAGGAAUCCGGCACCUGGAUCAAAGAGCUUUGCCAGCAGAGUAGGCACGAGCAGUAGUGUGUCUUCUACUGGUUCCUCUGCUGUCUUCCCAGAAGACGCAACCGAGUAUUCCAGCACCUCAAAGGAAGAUUAGAUCUUGUCAGUUUUCUGAAUACAAGUGUUGUACUUGGAAGAUCAAAGCCACAUGCCCUUCAUCUGUCUUGUGCUCUCAUUCCCUGGUGAUGGGCUUUCGGGUUUAGAGCUCUGGAUGUGGCCUGUACAGACAACAUUGAGUUUGUCUCUGAGGAGUCAUUAUGUGGCACGCAUAUACGAGGGGACCGGGUUGUAAUCGGGUCUCCCAGUCAUUAGUUACGGGUUUUGUUCUCAUAUAUAUGCUUUUCGAUUUUCCCUUUUUCUCAUUUUCUGUAAUUCUUCUUGUACUGGAUCCUCCUGUGAUUGAGAAUAUAGAGUGAUGAUUUUAGUGAGUCGUAUUUCAGGAA